AUGAGGCGCGAUGAAUGUAUUAAGCGUAUAAAUGCAAUAUACGAGCUCGCGUUACGUUGUGAAAAUGAGUUAGGAUUAAUCACUCAAUUAUCAUUUCUUGUCGACGAAGUCGACGUAAUAUGGACGGAGUUUACGACUGAAAGCAAUACCGUGAUCGAUUGUCUAAUAGAUUUAGGUCGAGAAUCAGAGUAUUCCUUUGGUCAGGUCGCCGAACUUCGUAAUUUAAUUUCAAUCUCCCGCGCAACGGUUAAUCGCCACACUCUAAGUGACCAAACUAACGCGUCUGUCCGAAAAGGUUCCGUGACACCUGAUCCGGGACAGAUAUCUAUGCAUAACUUAAACCUAAACGACGACCAGGAGAGUCAUGUAGGUUCGAUUAGCAGCGAGGCGGCAUGUAGACCUACGGCUCUUGGUGUAGAUGUCCCGGGAGGUAGUGUACGCAGCGGACAUAAUAUAAUUACACGUAGUUCGUCUCAUAUAAAACCGGCCCGGUUGCCGGAAAUACCCCUGCCCACCUUUCAUGGUGAUAUUUUUAAAUGGCUUAUGUUUCGGGAUCGUUUUUUAUCUAUGGUUGGUCAACACUCUGCUAUUGCGGAUAUAGAUAAAUUUUAUUAUUUGACGGGUUGCCUACGAGAUAAGGCAUUGGAAGCAAUCGCCGGCAUACCGGUAUGCGGUGAUAAUUACGCACUUGCGUGGGCCGCGUUAACGGCGCGUUUCGAUAAGCCACGUUUAGUUGCGUCUUCGUUGUUAGAUAAAUUGUUAACGACACCAAAAUCGUCGAAUGAAACGCUAUCUGAAUUAAAUAAAUUUCUGUUUGUUUUUGAUGAAGGAGUCUCGGUGCUCAAUUCAAUGAACCUCCCGAAUCUCGGCGAUUUUAUUUUAUUUUCAGUCGCGUCGCGUUGCUUGCCGUCGUAUACGGUCAAGCUUUUUGAAACUCAAUUGUCAAAUGAUUUUCCAUCGGUUAAGGAACUUCUGACGUUCGUUAAAUCUCGCGUUAACGUUCUCGAAUGUAUACCGAAUGACGCAAUUCAUAAAACGGUAAAGCAGCCAUUGUUGCAAAACACUGCAUCGUCGAAACCAAAGGGGUCGUGUCCCAUUUGCAAGGGGUCACAUGCAGUUUCGUCGUGUAAAAAAUUUGCCGGUUGGUCCGCAAACAUCCGUGAAGCAUGGGUCCGUGAAAACAGGCGUUGUUUUCGUUGCUUGCGCGAUGGUCAUUGGGCCCCAGAGUGUAAGUCACUAAUACAGUGUGAUAAGUGUUCUUACAAACAUCAUCCGUUGUUGCAUUUCCGGGAUACGACUACCAGCUCGACAUCCGAUAAUCAGGUACCAUGUAAUGAGCCGCCACCACAAUCGUCCCUUAUUGGAAGUGGGUGUCAGCAAUCUUCCUCGGUUAUCUUAGGGACCGUUUUAGUCCACAUUCGCGACUGUGGUGGUGUAUUGCACACCGUCCGCGCCCUUGUCGAUUCCGCUUCGCAGAUAAGCGCGAUCACCGCAGACUGCUCUGCUCAAUUAGGUUUAAAGGUCACUCGUUGGACUGCCCCUGUAUCUGGGCUAUCUGGAGCGCCGGUACCAAACGUCAAAGGAUUGGUUACUUGCGACAUUCAGCCCCGGUUUUCCAAUGAACCAUUUAUUCAUUUUACAGCUUGGGUAUUUCCCACAAUCACGGUGAAUAUGCCCAGCCAGCCCAUAUCCAAUCAAGUAGCCGAUAAAUAUAAAAAUUUAGCUUUAGCAGAUCCCUCAUUCGCCAUACCAAGUAAGGUUGACUUGUUACUCGGUGCCGACGUUUUUGCGCGCAUUCUGAACGGUAAACGUGUAUCUGUAGGUGAUUCGUUUCCCGUUGCGUUCGGUUCAAUAUUUGGUUGGAUAAUAAUCGGCCCUGUCCCCUCUUCAAAUAGUUAUAUUCCUAUUUCACAUCACAUUUCAUUAGUUUCCUCAAUAGAGUUUCUGAUGGAUAAGUUCUGGCAAGUUGAGGAACCAGAAGUGGCUCCGGAGACCUUCACUUGUGAUGGAAAAUGUGAAAAGAUGUUCCGUGAUAAUUGUUCACGCGAUAAAUCCGGACGGUUUGUUGUACCUUUGUUGUUCCGGCAAGCAGUCGUGGACAGUACUUUUUCUGGUUCUCGCGCCGUCGCGGUUAAACGCUUUGAGUCUCUGGAACGAAAGUUUACGUCCGACAGCCGACUUCGCGAGGCCUAUUGUAAUUUCAUGGCUGAGUAUUUGUCUUUAGGCCACAUGUCUCCAGCUUCGUCCACAGGUUCAUAUUUUAUACCUCACCAUGCUGUAUUCAAAUCUUCCGAUCCGCAAGACAAAAUCCGUGUCGUAUUUGACGCGUCCGUCCAAUCGUUUUCUAGUACGUCAUUAAAUCAUUGUUUAUUCGCGGGCCCAAAAUUACAACAAGACGUCAUUGACGUACUGAUGCGGUUUCGUUUAUCGCGUCAUGCAUUCACUGCGGACAUUAAUAAAAUGUACCGACAAAUCCUGUUAGUUCCCGAACACCGUCGUUACCAACAUAUUCUCUGGCGCGCGUCCCCACAAGAUGAACUUAAAGCAUAUGAAUUAAAUACUGUAACGUAUGGGGUAAACUGUGCACCUUUUUUAGCUAUACGGGUACUUCAAAAAAUUGCCGAAUCUGAUUGUAUUGAAAUUCCGGCAGUCCGCGAUGCUCUAAUGUUUAAUACUUAUGUCGAUGACAUUUGCGCGGGGGGAGACACGAUAGAGGAAGUCAUCGCGCUCCAAACUGACUUAAUUAAUGUACUGCACAGAGCCGGAAUGUGUUUAAAAAAAUGGUCUAGUAACACCGUCGCGGUUCUAGAUAGGAUAUUGCCUGAAGACAGGGCCGGUGGGAUGUUGUCCUUUGAUGAUGACACUUGUAGCGGUUCCAAGGUAUUGGGACUUCAGUGGUCUCAGCGAGAUGACAUAUUUUUAUAUAUUGUUCAACCUGAACGUUUAAUUUCAACUAAAAGGGGCAUGCUGUCUCUAAUUGCCCGCAUAUUCGACCCGCUUGGUCUAUUAGCACCAGUCAUAUUUUUUGCAAAACAAUUGAUGCAACGUGUAUGGCAACUUGGUAUCUCAUGGGAUGAUCCGUUGCCCCCCGAAAUAUCAGACGUGUGGGAUAGGUUCGUUGCCGAUCUUCCCGUUUUAGAUCAAAUCACUAUUCCCCGUUUUGUCGGUACUAAACUUGGUGUUCAGGGUGUCUUAUGCGGAUUCUGUGACGCGUCCGAGAAGGGCUACUCGGCAGUUGUUUAUUUAAGAUUAUCAAAUCACUCCGGACCACCAAACAUUUCAUUGUUAGGUGCUAAAACCAAAAUGGCUCCACUCAAGGCGUCGACAAUUCCACGUUUGGAACUUUGUGCGGCUGUUUUACUCGCUCGGUGGAUGGUUCGGAUUAAAACCGCGUUAGACAAUAAAAUUCGAAUAGAAAACAUGUAUGCAUGGUAG